UCAGGAGGCAGCGACUCUAGCCCACCCCCCUCCCAGUACUCCCCCUGCCACUCGGGGGAGGGAAACGGCGGGGUGGGAGUCACCCAGUGCGACUGCCCGCAGCCCCUCCUGCUGCGAGGGGGAGCCAUAAAAGCCGGUGUGCCCCGCUCCCGACACCCAGCCGGCUCUCAGGCCUCGGAGAGACGCCCACAGCACUGACCCAGCCGCAUCUGCCCGCACGUCUGAAACCAUGCUGGCUAGCAAGAAACUGGGACUGUACCGACUGACCCUAGCCCUGUCCCUGCUUCUGUGUCUGGGAGCACUGGCUGAAGCAUAUCCCUCCAAGCCUGACAACCCUGGAGAGGACGCGCCCGCUGAGGACAUGGCCAGAUAUUAUUCUGCUCUGAGACACUACAUCAAUCUCAUCACCAGGCAGAGAUAUGGAAAACGAUCUAGCCCAGAGACACUGCUUUCAGACAUCUUGAUGAGAGAAAAUACAGAAAAUCUUCCCAGAACUAGGCUGGAAGACCCUUCUAUGUGGUGAUGGGAGAUGAAACUUGCUGUUCACUCUUUGCCUAUUUUUCAAUCCAUAUUUCAUCCUGUGAAACUAGGGUCUGCUAGUCCUCCCAAUGCAUGUAGCCGUUGUAUUCAACUCCUUAGAGUUUCUCCUUGUUGUCAUUGUAUAUAUGUGCAUUUAAAUAAAGAACCAUGCAUUAAAAA